AUGCCUCCAGAUCUCAACUCAGUCCCGCCGUCUCCCAAACCGCAGGUCAGAGCUAACCCGCGAGUGUCGACCUCAUCAUCUCACAGAACUUCCGCUACUAUGCCUCCUCCAUCGUCGACCCACUCCACCUUUGUUUCUCCCACUCUGCCACAUGCAACCAUGGCAGCAGGCGAUGAAAGUCACACAAGUGCAGGCUCCGGACCGAUGCGCCAUCCUCGCCCUCUGACCGCGGCAGAUUUACAUCUACUUCUGGAGCAAGAGCAAGAAGGCAUUGUGAAUCGCCUAACCCGGGAACUCUCUGCCCUGCGAGCUCAGACCGCGUCUGCCGCAUCCAACACCUCAUCCACCUCCUCCCUAGCCGUAUCCACCUCCAACGAACCCGGCUCCGCGACUCAUCCUCACCUCCACACCCCCCACCACCAAUACGGCUAUCAAAUCCCAACCCCCACCUCCGCCCGACGCCAUCGAUCCUCCAGCUCGCUGAGCGCAAGAAGCAGCCGUAGCAUCGCCGGCACAGCUACCGGCACCACAGGUGCAACAUCCGUCUCUGGCGUAGCUCCUGCGAGAGAUCUACCACCACCUACCACGACCACAACGUCGAGUAGUCGACCCUCAGUCGAGCUGAGCCGGGAUCCGAGACCAAGCGUCAGCAGGCAGAGCUCGACGAGGAGUGAGCUUAGACAGUCUCAGCAUCCUACGCAGCAGCUUGCCACUCCGGCUGGACAUGGGCACGGGCACGGGCAUGGGCAUGGGCAUAGACAUUCGAUCAAUUCACAACAGGCUGCGGGUGUAGGCGCUGGGUCCGGUCAAGGGGUUUUGGCAUCGCCGAGCGGAAGAUAUGAAGAGUUGCUUGCUCAACGAGAAGAAUUGGAGGGUCUAAAGCGGGAGAAUGAGGCUUUGAGGCGCAGAAUUAAGGAACUGGAGGUGGAAAGGCGGAACUCGAGCGAAAGACCGACGUCGACUUCGCACGGCGGAGGCUCAUGA